AUGGAGCAGCUGUGGAGAAACCAGACUCCAGUGGGGGAGUUCCUCCUGGCAGCCCUUUCCCCGACUCCACAGUCCCAAGCCGCCUUGUUUGCUGUGUUCCUCUUGGUCUACGUCUCCACGCUGGUGGGUAAUACCCUCAUCAUGGCGACGGUCAGCUCUGACCCCCGCCUCCGCACUCCCAUGUAUUUCCUGCUGGGCAACCUCUCCUUCCUGGACCUGUGCUACUCCACCGUCACUGCCCCCAAGAUGCUGUUGGACUUCCUGUCUGAGAGGAGGAGUAUUUCUUACCACGCCUGCAUGGUCCAGCUCUUCUUCCUGCACUUCGUGGGGGCGGCCGAGAUGUUCCUGCUCACUGUCAUGGCCUACGACCGCUACGUGGCCAUCUGCAAGCCCCUCCACUACCCCAGCAUCAUGAACCGGACCCUAUGCAGCUGGCUGGUGGCGGCUUCUUGGGCGGGAGGGUUCAUCCACUCCAUGGUCCAGACCAUCCUCACCAUGCGGCUGCCCUUCUGCGGGCCUAACCGGGUGGACAACUUCUUCUGCGAUGUCCCACCAGUGAUCAAGCUGGCCUGCACCGACACCUACGUGGUGGAGCUGCUCAUGGUCUCCAACAGUGGGCUGAUCUCCACCAGCUGCUUCGUUAUCCUAGUGGCCUCCUACACCACCAUCUUGGUGAGGAUUCGCUCCCCUGAAGGGCGGCGCAAGGCGCUCUCCACCUGUGCCUCACACCUGACUGUGGUGACCUUAUUCUUCGGGCCCUGCAUCUUCAUCUACGCCCGGCCCUUCUCCAGCUUCUCAGUGGACAAGCUGGUCUCAGUCCUGUACAACAUCAUCACCCCCAUGCUCAACCCCUUGAUCUACACGCUCAGGAACAAGGAGGUGAAGUCGGCCAUGAGUAGACUGAGGACAAGGGGCAUUACUUCCGAGGGGAAGGUAAUAAUCUGA